UUUUUUUUAAAAGAACUCAUAACCUUUAGUUUAUUUGUCUUGAAUUGCCAAUAUCGAUGCUAAUUAUGUAUUUUAUGUAAGUAUCAUUAAGUAAAGAUUCAAUUGAUGGAAAGUAUAUAAUGCUAAAUAGUAGCACUAUAUUAUCAUAUUCCGGUUCCUUACAUUGAUUUUUUUUUACUUUGACACAUUGACUAUAUUGUUGAGAUUUUGCGCAGUACUGAAACCGGGAAAUCCUUGUAGUGAAAAUUGCAGAUUCUCCGAAGAUUUACAAGACCUUGAAUUUUUCUCUCAGAGUUAUGAUUUAGAAAUCUAAAAUAAAAAUAUUUUAUUCUCUUUGAUGCAAGAAAAGUUAGUGAAAAUUGUUGUUUUCUCGCUGAAUCUCACAAACUUUAUAUCUACUCUGCUGUAUUAUUACUUUAUAUUAGGUGAAGCAUUCAUUGGAAGUAGAUAAAGGCACUCAGUGAUACAAUAUUGAAGAAUGAAAUUGCUCCAAAUAGUUGCUUGGUAUCAAAAGAAAAUCGGAACUUACGAUAAGCAGCAAUGGGAGAAAACUGUAGAACAACGCAUCCUCAAUGGGUUCAUUCAUGUACCCCUGAAGAACACCAAAGUAAAGACAGAACUUAUAGAUGUGGACCUCGUACGAGGAUCAUCAUUCCCAAAAGCAAAACCCAAACAGAGUCUACUUACUGUUUUCCGCUUAGCAGUGUUGAGACUUAUCUUUUUACCAUUAUAUGCCAAAUGGUGGGUAGAGCAGACAUCACCGCGAGUUUUCGCCUUCCUGUUGGUCCUCUACUUGAUGCAAAUGAUGAAUUGGGCUGUAUUUAGCUUAAAUAUGAACAAUAGAGGAAACUCUGGAAGUGAGAACAUUGUUCAUGUAUCGGAGUUGGUUAUCACAAUGGCUCUGAGUUUCAUGCUGAGCGUGAUCCAUUCGCAAAUUGUGGCGACUGCUUCUAGUAGUGGUUCCGGUGAUAAACGGAAGCGUCUUUUACAUCCAAAACGGAAGGUACGAGAUCGUAUCCGGAGAAAGAAGAAAAUUGCCCGUGUGCGAUUAACAGGUGAAUCACGAGAGGAACCGAAGAUCAAUUUAAAUAAUUCAACACCAAUUGAGACAAAUGGAAAUGUCCUGCGUAAAAGAAACGUUAAUUGGGACUCUCCAAUCAAGAGUCAAGUGCUAUUACCAUUUGAAGGUUCCGAAGAUACUGAGGAAUCCCUUCGAUGUACGGGAGAUCGUGAGGAAUUCACAGAUGCGUGUGAAAAUGUGGAAAAUCCAAUUGCUGAUGUGCAGCAGCAUGUUCCAAGUGAAAUUCCACCGGAUUCCAAUGCUACCAGUCGUGUGGCGAGGAAUCGUCAGAGAGCCCAAAGGGGUGAACAAACUGGAGAUGAUGAUGGAUUUGAGAGUUUCAAUGGGAAAAGUUCAAGUGGUGAGGAAAAUUCACCAACAUCAACUCCAGCUAUUUCAGCCAAUUUGGAAGCUCCAACAUUUCGGAAUACCUGGGUAAAGGAAGUUCUUGAGAGAGUAAGGAAGAAUUCCGAUAGUGAUACGGAUACAGUUACUGGCAUGUCUUCACACAUAAAAUCCCUUCAUCUCAAUUUCAAAAAGCCCCCACAUUCGGCUGAGUCAGAAUUUGAUUUUUGGAAUAAGAAUACGAAUAAAAAACUACCCAUGCAGCUGAAACCCGGAUCAUCGUCGGAAAAAAUAAAGCACGACAGUAGUGAUACAGAUGAGGAUGGAGAGGAUGAUGGGGAAAGUGCAUCUAUACCAGGCACUUGCUCCAAUCUAGCAUUUAAUGAUCUUACAACGUCAGCUACGGAAUGGAUUGGUGUCACAACUAAUAGUGAAGAGUGUAGCUACAGUUCUGAGAUUGAACAGUCUGACUCUCAGAAUGAAUAUUCUGAGACUUUGGAAUGUGAUUCAUCACCAACAGUUAUUCUCAAUCCUACAUGUGGAGCCAAUGACAGGAUCAGCUGCACAAUUUGGGAUCGUAGAGAUGCCAAGAAAGCCGAAAUGUCUGUUCUGGAUAUUUCAUCAGCUAUCAUUGAACGUGUUGAGGCGAUGCCAGAAACGUGUGAUUACGUCUACCUUGGGGUAUUCUUCAGCAUCAUUCUAUCUCUUGUGCCAGCAGUUUGUCGUGUAUGUGAGGCCACAAUUGACUCGAGUAAUUCAACGGAAAUUAACUUCCUAGAUGUGCCGGUACUUCUCAUGGAGACUACCUCGGAAUUUUCUGUACUAACACUCAUGCGAUUAGCCUUUGGGGAAUCACAGUGGGAAAAAACUGUCCUCACCGUGAACUUUAUACAACGCAUUAGCCUUACUUUCCUCUUCUUCUUCUUACUUGCUGUGGCAGAAAGGACGUUCAAACAGAGAUUCCUGUAUGCGAAGUUGUUCUCGCACCUAACGAGUUCAAGGCGCGCCAGGAAGUCUGAGUUGCCUCAUUUUCGGCUAAACAAAGUUAGGAAUAUUAAGACAUGGCUCAGUGUUCGAUCGUAUUUGAAGCGGAGAGGACCUCAGAGAUCCGUGGAUGUAAUUGUAUCGGCUGCAUUUAUUCUUACACUCCUCCUAUUGGCAUUCUUAAGUGUUGAAUGGCUUAAGGAUUCACCACACCUACAUACACAGUACAAUAUUGAAGCCCUCAUUUGGUCCAGUGCUCUUGGUACUUAUUUGUUGCGCUUCAUGACGUUAGGCACGAAGAUCAACAGGAAGUACAGAAGUAUUUCCGUGUUGAUAACAGAGCAAAUCAACUUGUACCUUCAGAUUGAACAGAAACCUAAUAAAAAGGAAGAACUGAUGGUGUCUAAUAGUGUUCUGAAAUUAGCAGCAGAUCUUCUUAAGGAGCUUGAAUGCCCAUUCAAAGUUUCCGGUCUUAGUGCUAAUCCUCUACUCUACACCACAGUCAAAGUAGUGAUCUUGUCAGCGCUUUCAGGCGUCCUUAGUGAGAUUUUGGGCUUCAAACUGAAGCUCCACAAAAUUAAGAUAAAGUAAAAUAACAGUAGUGUCUUCGUGAAUCUCCCAUAUCUGAUGUUAAAUGUGAAUAUUUCUAUGAAAAUAGAAUGUUAUAUUUUUUGCAAUUGCCAUAAGAGAGAAUAUAUAAUUUAUUUUCAAACCAAAAAAAUAAUCGACUUCAAUACCUAAAGUACUCUGCGUUGAUACCACUGCUU